AUGGACACUAUUGCACCUUCCGCUAUAGGCUCUCUGCCGAACGAGAUCACAAUUGAGCUGUUGGGCUUGCUACCCCCCGUCGACAUGGUGGAUCAUCGUACAAAGACUCUCGUCGACUCAACCCCAACUUUGCAAUACAAGCUUCAAUUAUUCCUAUCUGGUAUGAUAGCAGCCGAUUCCCUUGGCGAGCAGGACAUCCUCCGUUCAUUGACCUGUUUGGAACGUCGCGAGUCCCACUGGAAGUCGUAUCAGUUACUAUCGACGGAACUGCAACUUCCUCACGACAGCGAAACUUUUCUUGGCUUUUCUGGUAACCUCAUGGUCUGCUCGGGCGUAAACUCGCUAUUAUUUUAUCAGCUACAGCCUGGAUUUCAUAAAGAUUAUCCGGAGCACUGGAGUAUUGGUAUCAACCCCGAUGAUGUGACUGAAAUUUCAAUGUGCCCUAGGCAAGACUUGGUCGCCCUGACCCGAAAGCGAUAUAAUGCGGAGGGUUCCAAUACUGGCUUCACGGUGACAUUGUCGACUCUGAGCACAGGUGAACACCACCCAGCUGCAGUUGACCCUGCCAUAUUGGUUCAGCAUGCGACUCUUGAUUGGUCGCAGCACAGGAUCUCUGUCAACGGGGACCUCUUAGCUGUUAUGGUAAUCGGUGAAGAGGCGUCCAGGCAAGCCAUCACGGAAUUAUAUGUCUGGGACUGGAGAUCUUCUAUAUUGCGCUUGAAUGCAUAUCACAUCUCUGCUGUGACGGUGACGACUCAGACCAUUGGAGUGACCACUUUCGAAUUUCUCAACAACUAUAUGAUCAUGGUCCCGAUGGUGGGAACUACAGGCAAUGCAUAUGUCCGAGGAAGAGAGGCGGCUCUGUAUGUUUUCGAUUGCAGGCACAGAAUACCCGGAAGAAAUACCUACCACCACACUCCGCACUUGACGACAUUCCAGUUACCGAAGCUUGCAAUUGGUGCCAUCUACAGGGAACUUGAUUCUGUAGCAGACGCGUGUAACACUCAAAGGUCAAGCGAAGGCUUGUCAUUCGUAGAAGAUCCGGCUCUACGAAUGAUUGGCUUUCAGUUCAGGGUUCUGCACUCCCCGAGCAUGCCCAGCGCCUGCAUUUCACAAGAAUCCUUUUCACCCGCUCUCGAUGAAGACGUACUGGACGAGAAUGGCGAAGACUACGGCUAUCGGAGAUCCCGCAUCACCUGGUCCCAUAGCACGACAUUCUGUCUUUUCGUUCAUGCGGGGACUUUGGUGGACCUGUGCACCGGGAGGACCUUCCAACAAGUGAUACCGUGGGACGACUGGGCCGCCAACACCCGGCUUAUACGCACACUCGGCAACGAGUCUUUCUCUCUGGGAGGAAAUAUCAGCCACAAACGAAUGCUUAUUUUCAGGAUCCGACCCAACGUCGGAAUAUACCCUCCCAUAGACGCCUUCAUCUUCGACUUCCCCUCGCCACCCGCUUUACGUCACGCUUUCCAGGCAAUGGACCGGCAAGCUACAGCUCCGUGGCAGUACAUCAUGGAACCAACAGUGCUUGUAGAUCGCAGCAUAUUCCUAUCAGAGGUGGUCACCGGCCUGCCAUAUCGCAAGGUACCCACCGGGUACUGGAAGGUACCAGGCCCCAAUGAUGGCGGCGCUGAGACUCACAUAUAUCUCUCCGGUAAUUGCCUGCUGACGAAAAAGCGCAACAGUCCUUGGCGCAUCAAAGCUUUCUCGUAG